AUGAAAAGGCGUGUUGAAAAGACCAAGCUCUUUCUUGCGGAAAAGCCAUCUUUUGACUCCAAAAAAGAUAUCAUACAACAUAUAUGGGAUUUGGAUUUCCGUUUUGAAUCCAUACCCCGGCCUCUCUCUCUCUCUCUCUUCGACGAGACCCACAAUUCUCGGAGACGUCCGGUCCAGGUUCGUUCGCUUCCGAUCUCUGAAUUUUAUGGCCGAAAAUUAAACGGAGAAGGAUGUUUAAAACUACCCAUUAAUUCUGUUUCAUUUCUCCAAAAAAUUUGCCAGCUCCCGGGACCAACCAACAUCUUGGGGUCCUUCAGUUCACUUAUGAGCUUUGAGUUCUCACAUUAUCAUAAUUAACGACGCCGCCAUUCAUGUCGACCUCCAAAGGCAGUCUCAGACAUUUUAUUAGGUCCGUUACGAACGCUAGGCACUUGAAGAAUUUUGAUCAGAGGCGAUGCUUUCGUACCAUCGCGGCUCUCGAUGCACCAUUGCCGUUGGUCCCUAAUUCCGUCAAUGGACUCCGCGGUCUCAGAUUUUCUCUCAGGAGUUUGUUUCAUAAUAGUCACACUGUCCAAACGAGGCGGUUUCUGGGUUGUGGAGACGGUGAAGAGGGCGGUUUUCUUUCGAAAGUUUACGAGGAGAAGCGCGUCUUGGGGUAUUCUCCAGAGCAAUUGUUUGAUGUAGUUGCAGCCGUUGAUUUAUAUCAUGGUUUUGUCCCCUGGUGUCAGCGGUCUGAGAUAAUUAAACAAUAUCCCGAUGGUUCUUUUGAUGCUGAGCUAGAGAUUGGUUUCAAAUUUCUUGUUGAGGGUUACACUUCCCAUGUAGAAUUGAGCAGGCCCAAGAUCAUAAAGACAACUGCAAAGGAUAGCGCCUUGUUUGACCACCUGAUAAACAUAUGGGAGUUCAAUCCUGGACCCGCUCCAGGAACUUGCAACCUUCAUUUUUUGGUGGAUUUUAAGUUUCAGUCACCAUUUUACCGGCAGGUGGCAUCCAUGUUCUUCAAGGAGGUGGCCACUCAACUGGUGCAAUCAUUCAGCCAGCGCUGCAGUUUGGUAUAUGGACCAGGGGUCCAAAUCCUUGAAAAUUCAUAUGGUCAAAGCACAUGACAAAUGAAUAUAUAGAGGCUAGAAGCAUAUAAUAGAGAGAAUAGAAUUACUGUCACACCAGCCACUGGGUGUUUUUUUUUUUUUUUUUUUCCUUUUGGUCUGCUGCCCGGUGGUCCCAUUGAUCUUUAAUUAUUCAUUCUAUCAAAGCCUUAAAUCCCAAGAAGGGAUUGUUGUGCAUGUUAUAAAAAAUUAUGUAUCAUUUAACAAUUUUCAGUUUUUUUUUUUUUGUCAUUGUUACAAAUGCUUAUAUAUUUAUAGUUAGAUAAAUAUACACUCUCAAGUCCAAUGAAAUAUAAAGUGAUUCGAAAUCGUUACUGUUGA